UUUCAGUGUAAACGCUCCGGUUGAAGAAUGGAAGGACUUCACGCUUUUGGUGUAUGUGGCCGGAGGCUCGCGUCGAGAAUGCAUAUGCAGCUAUUUCCGGCCUCGGCUGCCGCAGUGAAUGCGCGGCGAACCUCCACGAACGCAGUGGACGGUCUUUCGGAAGGGAAACAUGCCUUGCAGGCGAAGCCCUUCGAAACGAUUCCCAGGGUACCUUCUCUCCCCGUGAUAGGCAGCUCAUGGAUGUACUGGCGCCUGUUCGGUAAGCACCAUCCCGACCAAAGGCACAAGGCAUCCAUGGAAAUGUACAAGAAGUACGGCCCCAUUGUGGUCGAGAAGCUGCCAGGGCGUUACUCCCUUGUGCACCUGUUCACGGGCACCGACAUUCGAAACAUGUACCACGAGGAAGGAAAGGAGCCGUUCAGGAUGGGUGCCACGGCGUUCAAGGACUACCGAGCCAGCAGACCGGAGUACUAUGCUGAUGUCGGCAUUCUUAACCUUCAGGGAAAACGGUGGCUGAAGGUUCGCAUGAGCACGCAACAGCACACUUUGCGUGUGCGAACGACGAUGUCGUACUUGCCCAGCAUGAACAAAAUCGCCGAAGAAGCCUUGGACUUGCUCGACCAGCUCAUGGAUGAAGGUGGCAGAGUGGAAGACUGCUUCACGUUCAUGCAACGAUGGGCUCUGGAGAGCGUGGCCUUGGCGUCUGUUGAUGCCCGGCUCGGCUCCUUGAGGCAUCCGCUUGAUCUCACCCUGGACGGCCCCGCCAUACUGGAAGACAUGAGAUCGAUAUUUGCCUGCAUGCAGAAGUUUGGAUACCGGUUUCCCUAUUUUCGCUAUAUCCGCACUCCCGCCUGGCAAAGAUUCGAGAAAGCUAUGGACGACUUCACGGUGCGCAUAUUCCGGCACAUUGUGGCCGCAGCCGAGAGAAUGACUUCCGAAGAGUCGGUGCACGAGCCGACCAUUCUGGAACACAUGUUACGGGAGAAAAAGCUAACGUUCGGUGAAAUUCUCACGUUUACCAGUGACUUCAACCUCGCAGGUGUGGACACGACGUCCGCAGCAGCGACAUUCCUACUGUUUCACCUCGCGAAGAAUCCGCGGGCUCAGUCGAAAGCCCGGGAAGAAGCGAUCGCUGUGCUUGGCGAACACUCGAAUUCUGUUGAACCACAACAGCUGGAGAAGCUGUCUUUCCUGAAGGCCUGCCUGAAAGAAAGCAUGCGGUUGAAGCCGAGCCUGCCGGGAAUCUACAGAAAACUGGACCAUGACGUCGUCAUGUCUGGUUACGUUGUUCCGGCUGGGGUGCCCAUAUUCGUGGAUGGCUUUGUCGCCGGCCGCGCCAAAGAAAAUUUUUACCGUCCGGAGUUGUACCUGCCUGAGCGCUGGCUGAAAACGGACCAAGAAAUUCUGCCCCACGACGGAUACGCUUCGCUGCCCUUCAGCUUUGGUCCGCGCAUGUGCCUGGGUAGGAGAAUAGCGGAGCUACAAAUAUGCACACUGGUCGCUAAGAUUUUGCUGAAGUACAGCAUAGAGUACCACAGAGAGGACAUGGAAUUCCAUGGCCAGCUCAUCAACAUCCCAAAGGGCCCUGCCGACUUUCGCUUCAAGAAGGUCCAACCUGAGGCCCGCAGUGGCUGAGAGUAGCUGCCUAGAUGUAAAGGUGGCACCUGUGACCGACAUAUACCUGUAAAUGACUGCAGUGGCGUGAAACGGUUUUUGCGAUGCAUUUUCAGACUGUUCUAAGGGCGGAAAAAAAUCCGCUGCUUGUAGUCUUCACAUCAAGAGUAGCGUAAAAGUUACGACGAAAAGUAUUUAGGCAAUUAGAUGUUGCCGCGUGUCCGCCUGUUAUUGUUAAAUAAUAGUCGUUGAUCCCUUUUUCUUAGAUGCAGAUACUCAUAACAGGAGAUUGAAACGUGUUCUCAUAAAAUUAAUGGCAGCUUUAUUAGACGUUAAGAAAUAGUGUACGCAGUGUAUAUAACUGUGGAGUUGGCAAGACAGCCUUUUACGAGGAUUCGCCCACGUUGAAGCACCGUGCCGCAUAUUAAUACUUGCCUGAGAAGGCCUUGACUGGUUAAUAGCUAACGUUGAAUCACCAUCAACUUUUUGUGGCGCGACUCACUACAUGAGACUCACUAAAGUCUCAUGUUUGUAUUAAAUUGUUCUUGCGUUGUUUAUAGGAAUUUUUUAUGUUGUGUUCGGUUGUAUUAUGUUAUAUGUUGUUACGUUGUAAAUACUUAUGUUGUAUUGGAGUUCACUACUAUUUAAAUGUACGAUACAUUGCUUUCUGGACUGCUGCAUAGGCUCAUAUACCGUAUGUCAUUUUUGUAUCCCGUGUGUAAGACAGUCUUUUUUGAUUUUCACUAAGUGGUAAUGCAUAUACAUAGCGUUUUAUACCAAUGCAGAGUGUUGAGAGCCCAAAAACAGUUUACGCCCUUCACAGCGUACCUUUGCCAGUAAUCACCACAAUAAUAAUCAUCACCGGUGUCUUGCGUUCCCGUUUUUGCAUUAAAGGACUCCUG